UAUUAAGAGACCGAAUGUACAGCUUAAAUUGAGCAACAAGUAGCUAAAAUCUUGUUCUGCCAAUCAUUACAAGCCAUUUACAAGGAACAGAGGAACGAUGAUGAAAUAAAAUGACAUGUUGCAAGUGGGGAGAGAGGGUGGGUUCCCCCCCCCCAGUGGGAGUGUCUAAACAGCAGGGGUUGUCUGAGAGCAAACAAUCCAGGAGGUGAGCCCCAAGAAGGUGACGUUGCAAAUAGGUACCAGGCGUAGUUGCAAGCAGAAGAACAACACCCUUUCCAAAGAUGCAGAAUCUGCUCCUGUACCACAAGUUGCAUCUCGCCAUCCUUGCAAAGAUACCCGGAGGAUCCUGACGUGGAGGAUCCUGCUGAGCUACCGUUCUGUCCGCUGCAGCCUUGAGGGCGUCAAACAAGGCUUGGGCCACGAGUACUUCUCCCCCCCUCCCCAAAAAAUAAACAAGAACCAGGACUGAGAACAGAGAACGAAUCCCUUCGGAGCUUCCCUAACGAACACGUCAGAACAAGCAUUUAAGGGAGCGACAGGCUUCGGGGAACAGUGAAGCCGGAGCGCGGGAAGCUUCGCCCAGCGCAUAGCCCCCGCGCCUCUCUCCCUGCCCGUGGAAGCGAGCCUUUGACUCUGCCUAACUGGACUUCCUCCAAGGUGAAGCGUGCCGAGGGGCGCCCCCUCGGGCAUGGCGCACAGCCGCCUUCCUUCGUGCGCGCGUCCGCUCUCUGAGGAACGUGUUGCUCGCUUGCUAUGAACUGUCCAGCAGAAAACUCCGCGUUCCCCCGUCUUCUGUUGCUCCUGCCGAAGCAACAGGGGCGGUGACAGCCGAAGCAGCAGCAGCAGCAACAGUCGGGGAACCAAGCGGGAAGACCCCUCCUUCGUUCCAGAAGACUCCGCUCCCCUCCUCGCCCUCCUUCUUCUCGCUCUUGCGGCGGGAGGGCGACGGCGUGGGCGGCGACGGCGCUGAGCGAGUGACUGAGGGGGCCGGGAGGCGGCGUCCGGGCUGGGGGCGGAUUUUUUGAGCCAGGCGGGCUCCUCAGAGCAGCGGGCGGCGGCGGCGGCGGCGGCGGCUGCAGUGGCGGGUGGAGCCGGGCGGGUCACUCUGGCUCUCCGCCUGGACGCUCGCUUGGCCGGCUGGGGAGGAGACCGCUUCCCCUCCGCUCCCCAAGCACCUUUAUGGACGAGCACCUGAGUCUUCUAUGCUCGCCGGCCGCCCCGUCUUCAGGCAGGCACCCGAGGGGCGGCGGAGGUAGCAGCAGCAGGGCCGGCGUCAGGGCCGGCGUCGUGGGGAGCAGCCACCACAACUUGGGCUACAGUGAGCAGCCGUUCCCCGAGGGCGUGUUCUCAGGCCCCGAGGAAGGGCUGGAAGAGGAAGGAGAGGAGGAGGAGGAGGAGGCAAACGACGGGGUGCUGGAGGGUGGCAUGACUGUGGUGGGUGGAGAGGACCCCCUGAUCGACGAGACCCAGCACCCCCAUGCUCUGCUGGGAGGAGAGCGCUAUGAUCAUCCCAUUGCCCACACCUUGCCUGCCCCCAGCCAUCACACAGCGGGCAGUGGUGGCAACGGAGAGCACGAAUGUUGUGAGCGGGUGGUGAUCAACAUUUCAGGCCUGCGUUUUGAGACCCAGCUCAAGACGUUGGCCCAGUUUCCUGAGACGCUACUGGGUGACCCCCGCAAAAGGAUGCGCUACUUCGACCCACUACGCAAUGAAUAUUUCUUUGACCGCAACCGGCCCAGCUUUGAUGCCAUCCUCUACUACUACCAGUCUGGAGGCCGCAUCCGGCGUCCUGUCAAUGUGCCCAUUGACAUCUUUUCAGAAGAGAUUCGUUUUUAUCAGUUGGGUGAAGAGGCCAUGGAAAAAUUUCGAGAAGAUGAAGGUUUUAUCCGUGAGGAACAGAGACCUCUGCCUGAAAAGGAGUUCCAGCGCCAGGUGUGGCUUCUCUUUGAGUAUCCGGAAAGUUCUGGACCAGCUCGGGGUAUUGCUAUCGUUUCUGUCUUAGUUAUUCUCAUCUCCAUUGUCAUUUUUUGCCUGGAAACCUUGCCAGAGUUCAGAGAUGACCGUGACUAUGAAAGUACAGGAGGGACUUUUGGAACAGGUGUUGGACCUUUCAUGACAGACAUUUUCACCAAUACUUCUUCUCCAGCAACGUCCAUGGUAUCCUCUUUCACUGAUCCUUUUUUUGUGGUGGAAACUCUGUGCAUCAUCUGGUUCUCCUUUGAGCUGCUUGUCCGCUUCUUUGCUUGCCCCAGCAAGCCCACCUUCUCUAAGAACAUUAUGAACAUCAUUGACAUAGUGGCCAUUAUACCUUAUUUCAUCACCUUGGGUACUGAGCUGGCCGAGAGGCAGGGGAAUGGUCAGCAAGCAAUGUCUCUUGCCAUCCUCAGAGUCAUCCGGCUAGUUAGAGUCUUCCGUAUAUUUAAGCUCUCUCGGCACUCCAAAGGCUUACAGAUCUUGGGACAAACCCUCAAGGCCAGCAUGAGAGAGCUGGGCUUACUCAUUUUCUUCCUCUUCAUUGGAGUUAUCCUAUUUUCUAGCGCGGUCUACUUUGCAGAAGCAGAUGAUCCUAACUCAAGUUUCAGCAGUAUUCCUGAUGCCUUUUGGUGGGCUGUUGUGACCAUGACUACAGUGGGUUAUGGGGACAUGCACCCCAUCACUAUUGGGGGCAAAAUAGUGGGGUCUCUCUGUGCCAUAGCUGGAGUGUUGACCAUUGCCUUGCCUGUUCCUGUGAUAGUCUCCAACUUCAAUUACUUUUACCACCGGGAAACAGAAGGUGAAGAACAAGCCCAAUAUAUGCAUGUUGGAAGCUGCCAGCAUCUCUCCUCCACUGAAGAGCUAAGGAAGGCGCGUAGCAAUUCCACUCUCAGCAAGUCCGAGUACAUGGUGAUAGAAGAGGGAGGCAUUAGCAACAGUGCGUUCAAGCAGGCUGGCUUUAAAACAGGCAACUGCACAGCCACAAACAAUCCCAAUUGUGUGAAUAUUAAAAAGAUCUUUACCGAUGUUUAAAAGACACCUUUCCAGAGCAUAUAUAUAGAAUAUAUAUAUAUUAAAAUAUUACAGGAGGUGUGCAUAAUCAGUAUUGUGAGGAACAUGCACCAUCGUCAGUCUUUGUGCUCUUGUUUCAUACAUGUACUUUUUCUGGUCCUUCCUUCUGAAGACGGGGAUUUUUAGAAGGUAAAAAGAAUCAAACAGAUGUUGGGAAAGAAGACAGUUAAGAGGAUUCAAAGACGUACGUGCGUGCUGCUCCCUCUCCAAACAGGUUUUUUGUUUGUUCUGCACUGUUUGUUUCAGGGCUUUGGGCUUCUGCUGGGAAACGUGUUUUGUCUGGUUUUGCAAAGACCAGCUCUAUUGCUGAUCCCCCUCCCUGCAUAUAUGCACUUGUUGGAUGGAGAAUUAUGAACAGAAUGAUAUUUCACACAGUAGGGAAAGCGUAUAGAACAAUCUGAAUUACACAAAGCAUCUCUGCCAUAACACAGUGCCUACUGCUGAAACAUCUGAUGGAUCCCACGAGGGGGAAAAAUCUUGAUUUUUUAAAAAAUGCCAGGUUAAACACCCUGUGUGGAGUCAGAAUCUUACAAUAGGGCAAAUGUCAUUUUGAUGUAACGAGAAAAUGCCUCUUCUGUGAUUCUGCAUUUCUUUGGUCCACAGAUAUCAACAAAUUGUUUCCUUGAAUCUGAAAUUAUACGUGCAUGUUAUAGUGGAAAAAUACCUGUUCUGCAUUAUAAGGGAUAACAGUUGACAGACUGGAGCAUAUCAUGGUCAUUUGGUGUUCUGCAUAUCAUGAACAGCUAGACUCCUAGGAAUUCACUGAUGGUCUUUUUGCAGUUAACUGUAGUCUCAGUUAGAAACCUUAGAAACAAAGGGGAUAUUUCCAGCCAUUUUGAAUUCAAGUAAGAUAAGCAGUUGCGUCUCUCACAAGAAGAUUAAAGUGCAAACACGCCUUGCAGCGGAAGUUACUAA